AUGGCAGUGAUCCCCGGCAAAAUCGUCCCCUUUGCGGGCCCCAAGCUCAACCUGAUGGCUACAUUUCCCGUCCUGCAACCGUCUGCCGCAGCUACGGCCAAGCCCUCUUCUGGUCCGGCUCCCAAGCGCGCCGAUGACUGUGGCCUGCUCAUAUACGAUCGAUACACCAAUAUCUUCGAGGCAGUGCCGCCCUCGCGCAUCCCGGAGGACAGCGUCCGCAUCGGACCGGAUGAAGUCCUGUUCCUAGUCGAGGCACCACUGAACUCGGUGGAGCUCUUCGAGGCCCUCCUCAAGCCGGCCCGGCCCUUCGAGGUGCACACGGCACGCCUCAUCCCGCGCAAGACGCGCGCCUACGAGCCGAGACGGCAACUAGUCGACGAGUACCUGACGGGCCAGGGGCGGCUGGCCGGCAAGGGCCCCGCCGCCGAGCGCGAGGUGUCGUUCAUCGUCUUGCCGAGGGACGCCAUCUGGCAGCUGCAGAUGUUCAAUCACUUCCUCUGGCCGGUGCAACUGCAAUACAUGUCGCUUCCGGUGCGAAUGUCCGACCAGAAGACAGUGAGGAGCCCAUACGCGCUGGUCUGCUACCAGGCACACCGGGUCUACCACAAGAAGCUCAAGGCGCUGCUGAGGGACCAGAAGCUGAGCGAUUGCGGGUUUGAAAGGAGCUUGCUGCGGCCGGGCGCGGCGCCGCUGCCCGAGACUCUGCGUGAGUAUAUGGAUGGGGAACCGGGAAAGGAUGCGGCCACGCCGUAUUACAGCGCCGAACCUGGGGCGGCCCAGGAGGAGCGGUCAUCCAGGCUGCGCAAGGUCACGUCUACGAUGUCACUGAGGAGGGCGGUGAGCAGAGUGUCGCUGCGGAGGAGCCAGUCUGUCGCGUCGAUUACAACUCGCGGUUGA